AUGGCCCCGCGCGCCGCCGAGCCCUGGUUCGACGACACGACGGUGCCGGAGCCGCACGCGACGCGCCGCCGUCAGAUCCUGCAGGCGCACCCUGAGGUGCGCUCCCUGUUCGGCCACAACCCCGAGCUGAAGUGGCAGGCGCUGUGCCUGGUGGGCGUGCAGCUGUCGGCCGCCUACUACGCGCGCCUCCUCUCCUGGCCGUGGCUGCUGGUGGCCGCGUACGCGUUCGGCGGCUUCCUGCAGCACGGGUUGUGGUCUGUGAUCCACGAGUGCAGCCAUAACCAGGCGUUCGGCUAUGCGCGGCCGCUGGCCAACCAGCUGCUGGCGAUCAUCGCCAACCUACCGAUCGGCUUCCCUCACGCCGUCGCCUUCAAGCGCUACCACAUGAUGCACCACCGUUACCAGGGCAACCGCAAGCUGGACGCGGACGUGCCAACAGAGUUUGAGGCGCGGCUGUUCGGCACCUCGGCGCCCGGCAAACUGCUCUUCAUCCUGCUGCAGCCGUUCUUCUACUACGUGCGGCCGCUGCUGGUGAACCCGCUGCCGCCGACCAAGCUGGAGGUGUUCAACAUCGUCGUGCAGCUGUCGUUCAACUACUGGCUCGUCUCGAUGUGGGGCUGGAAGCCGCUGCUGACGCCCGGUCACGAGACCUACAGCUACUACGGCUGGAUGAACCAGCUCAUGUGGAACGAGGGCUACCACAACGAGCACCACGACUUCCCCAACGUGCCGAACAAGCGGCUGCAGGAGCUGCGCGAGAUGGCGUCCGACGUGUACGACCAGCUGCCGCACUACGACUCGUGGCCGGGCGUCGUGUGGCGCUUCAUCAGCGACCCUCAGGUCUCGCUGGCGAGCAGGAUCCGGCGGCUCGACAUGCCGGGCCAGGCGCCCCGCACCGACGACAAGCUGACCGACUGA